CAAUCUAAAUCAAUUAGUAGAAGAAGAAAUUACAAGCUUAUAGUCGGGAUAACUGAACUUGGAAGGGAGAAAGAUUUGCUCAUAUAUAAAAACGCCAAACUCCUGGCUAAGGAAGCAGGGCUUAUGGUUAGAAUCGUGGAAUUAAAAGAAAAUGCCGAGAAUGCGAAGUUAAGGGAUGCUGAACUCAAUGCCAGAAUUAUGGAAUUAGGAAAAGAGAUGUUGAUUCGGAAUGCUCAACACAUAACUAAGAUCCAGAGUUGCUAA